AUGACAGAAUCAGAAGAGACGAAGGUGGAGGAGGAGGAAGAGGACAGAGACCCCUCGCUCAGCCGAAUCAACGAGAAGUCGGUGUGGUGCUGCGGCUGGCUGCCCUGCACCCCGCUGCGCAUCGCGGCCACUGCCGGCCAUGGCCACUGCGUGGAUUUCCUCCUCCAGAAAGGGGCGGAGAUCGACCUGGUGGACGUGAAGGGGCAGACGGCCCUCUACGUGGCCGUGGUGAACGGGCACCUGGAAUGCGCCCAAAUCCUGCUGGAAGCCGGCGCCGACCCCAACGGGAGCCAUCACCAUCGCAGCACCCCGGUUUACCACACCUCCCGCGUGGGCCGGGCUGACAUCCUCAGGGAGCUGAUAAGGUACGGCGCAGACGUGGAUGUCAACCACCACGUGCCCUCGCGGCUCGCCAGCCCCUCCUCGCGCCCGCUCACUUCCCUGGUGGUCUGCCCUCUGUACAUCAGCGCCGCCUACCACAACCUCCCGUGCUUCAGGCUGCUGCUGCAGGCCGGCGCCAACCCCGACUUCAACUGCUGCGGGCCCGUCAACAUCCAGGGCUUCUCCCGGGGCUCCCCGGUCUGCGUGAUGGAGGCGGUCUUGAGGCACGGCUGCGAGCCGGCCUUUGUCCAGCUCUUGAUUGACUUUGGAGCCAACUUGAACCUGGUGAAGGUGGAGGUCCUGGGGGCCGAGUCGGCAGGAAGGGUCAAAGUCAACCCAGAAGCCCUGCAGGUGUUCAAAGAAGCCAGGAGUUGCCCCCGGAGCUUGCUGUCUCUGUGCCGCGUGGCCGUGAGGCAGAUACUUGGCAAACACCAUCUGGAUCUGAUCCAGGAUCUUCCCGUCCCAGAAGCUAUCAAACAAUUUUUACUUCAUGAACAGAGCUAGAAGGCAACCAGCUGCUUUGAGGCCAGUUUGCUGGGGCAGUCUGCUGGACGAAAUGAGUGAGCAGAUGAAACCAGGUGCCAAUCCCCUCUCUGUGCAGAUUUGAAAUAGAUCCCAUUUGCAUAUUUGCAUAAGGCUAUUUGUUAUGACACUACCUCUGUUACCACUUCUUGUAACUCGUUUGGGGUUUUAGCAACAUGGCCGUAGAUUGGAUUUGUACAUACUCAAGCCAUGGGUCCUUUUCUGGCUACAACAUGCAAAUGACAGUCCCUCACCUCAUCAGAAAUAGGCAUGUUACAACAGUACUGUCCUGCCAUCGUCUCAUGCUCUGGCUGGCCUUACUUUGACCUCACUCCCGUGAGGAGCUGACUUGCUGUGAUGUAUACGGCACUUUGAUGUGUUUUUAUGUCUCCUUCUGGUGUGAAUGUGCUGGGUUCUUCUCCGGUGCCGGGUGGUCCUUGGAGGCUACAAAAUUGCUCUGAAAGAUCAGGUUAGAGCGGGGAUCCAAGAGGAGAGGUCUGCAGUGAAACUGGGGAUAUGGCCACCAAAUAAAGCUGGUUAAUAGAGAAAGGCGGUUCUGCAGCACUCUCAUUUGGGGACGGUGGCACUGCCCCCUUGGAGAAGGUGCGGGUAUAACGCGCACACCCACUGGGAUUAACUCCACCACUGGAAAAAGCCAUUGUGUGGCGGGAAGAAGCAUGUAUGCGACAGUGAUAUGGCAGCAACACUAUAGCUCUGCUGCAGGAGAGAAGCCAUGCCCUUCCCAAUGGCUCCUUGCUGAAAUGUUUGCAUGCUCUCUAAUGAGCCUGUGACCCUCUCAAGCCGCGCUACAAAAUUGUGUAGCCUUCCAAAAUGCAAAGCCUACACACAAUGGCUUGGACAGUUUCCCCAGGAAGGAACAAGACACUGUCCAAGCAAUCGAGAUUGUCGCUGGUGCGCAAGGAGAAAAGAAGGACGGGACGAAUCCUAGUGCCUCUGAUAGGUAUUGUCACUGAUGAAUUGUUUCGUCAGUGGAAGCAAAGGUACCAGGGUGACGUAUGACUUAGGCACGAUGCUCUCCCAGAGCGUCAUACCAGGCAUACCAGGGUGAGGUAAUGUUCAGGGCACUUGCUCCAUGCGAUUCUUCCCACGACAGUUUGAAAGCUUCCAGGGGAACACAGACGUUGAUUUCCAGCCAUGAUUCCCUUGGCUGAUGCUGCGCUCUCCUUCAGUUUUAAUAAUUGAGUGACCCCUUCAUCUGUUUUUUUUAAAGCAAUUGCCCAGAGAAGCUAUAGAGAAGAGCUAAUGAAAAGCUUUUAUAAAAGGGAAAUAGAAAUUAAAUGACAAUUAUUUAAAUGAGUAGCAUCAAGUCAGAGCGAUAUAUGUACUACUCACAAGACUAAAUCUAGGGCCAGGUCAGGGCCUGUAUAAGCUACAUUCCAAGGGGGUACGGAAGCCUACGGAGUCCACAGAAGUGGGGAGGGAGUUGGACACACCAGUGCAGUGAGGGACAUUCGCACCAUGUAUGGAGCCAGGGCAAAGCUCAUUGCCUUACUCCAUUGGGCCUACAGAGGGGAAACUGAGUCAUGACCAUCUUCUGGGACAGUAUCCUGAAGCCAAUGCUGCUUACACAGGGCUCCUGGCAAAGCCAUGAUGGAGCAGCUAGUAAUAGAGAGGUUUAAUUCAGGUUUAUUAGGGGAUGGGGUUUUAUGGUCCUUGUGUUGCCCCAAACCCUUCCCAUAUCUGCAGUCAAUUGCUCCUGAGUGGCUAAAGUCUACGGAGCUAUGCUGGUAUCCACUGGCUGAUGCUCUGGGUGCAUAAAAAAAAAUUAAUCAUGCCAAUAAAAAUAUAAUAUCAUUUAUUUAAAUAUUUGAAUAUGUUGAUUUCAAUUACAACACCAAAUACAAAGUGAAAAGUGCUCAUUUUCUAUUUAUGUUUGAUUACAUAUACUUUUAUUUUAAAAAUCCCAAAGAGAAUUUUCAAUUCACCUAUUCCAAUACAGUAGUGCACUUUAUCACAAAAGUUGCAUUUACAAAUGAAGAAUUAUGUACAAAAAUAACAGCACUCCAAAAUAAAACAAACAAUGUAGGACUUUAUAGCCUACAAGUCCAGUCAGUCCUAUUUCUUGUUCAGACAAUCUCUCAGCCAGAAAUGUUUGUUUGCAUUUGCAGGCAAUAAAGCUGCCUGCUUUUUGUUUACAGUGUCACCUAAAUGGAGAACAGGCGUUCACAGAGCACUGUCGUAGCCGGCGUUACAAGGUAUCAGUGCACCAUACACGCUAAAUAUGUUAUGUCCCUUCAGUGCUUCAACCACCAUCCCAGAGGACAUGCGUCCAUACAGUUGAUGAUGGUCCCCUCCAAUGCUUUAUAAAUCUGCAUAUGAAUUGGCCUAUGAAUAUAAAUAUGCAUAACUCGAAGAUACUUUGGACAAAAUACUUCACAUGACAUCAAUUUUAAUGUGACAAUUUGCUGAAUCCUAUUAUGGUGCCUGUAUCAUUCUUAUAUGUAAAGUUUAGAAAUAUGAUGUAUGAGACUGUUUAUAGUUUUAAAUGUGCUAAUGAGAGCUAUUACUGAUGCCCCGGAAGCCUUAACAAUCGGGUGAUCAACGUAACAACUUAUAAACAGUCUUGUUUGUCCUGUAAGUCCAAAGGCGAUUGGACUAGUAAGACAACAUCUGGUACUGGGAUUCCAUUUUGACCAGGUAAUUUUCCGUGGAAGGGGAAAUGGAGAACAAAGGAUUCCCAUCCAAGGGGAAUAUUAGUUAAGCAAGGGGAAGUUAUCAGGUAUCAGGUCUUUGUCUUUGGCUGGUGUGACACACCCAAAAAGAGAUUUGGGGACCCUGGUCAGGGUAAAAGAGUCCCUGAUCUGAAGAUUACGGCUAGGACAAGAACAGCUUUUUAGGGUAAGAAUCUGUUUGCAGUACGUUUUAGCGAAUUAGAACUAGCUAUGGAUUUUCUUUUCAUUUUAAUAUUGUAACUUUGAUCUCUGUUUUCACUGCAACCAUUUAAAUCCAUUUGUACUUCAUAAAAUCAGUUUUGUUUACUACCAAGCCAAGUAUAAAUAAUUAUCUGGGGAGGAACAAACAGUGUGCAUCUCUCUCUUUCAUUGAUAAAGGGGGCUUAUCUGAAUAAGCUUUCACUUUGUAAAGUUUUACGCAGAGGCUUUGUCUACACUACAGGGCUUUUGUGCAAGAAGCUUUUUGCGGAAGAGAUCUUUCACAAAAACUUCUUGUGCAAAACUGCAUCCACAACACA